GUGAAACUAACUGCCAAGCUGAAAGUUUACUCAAAUCCGACGACUUCUUUCGGAAGCCCAUCUUUCUUGAUCCCUCAGCAGCGACCUCUGUUGGCCAUCGUCAGGAUGUCAGUGCAGUUCUCCGGCUGGGAGGUGGUCGACGAUGGCGCCUCUUUCCCUGGUGUGAUGCUCCAGUCAGCGCAGAGGCCUCAAAACCGCGGCGUCUACAAAAUGUUCCACGGGACCAGCGUUGCCAGCGCACGCCUCAUCAUCGCCAAUGGUUUCAAUCGAUCGAAAGGCGGCAUGCUGGGGGAGGGCGUGUACGUCAGCCGUGAUAUGAACAAGGCGUCGAGAUAUCCGCUGUAUGGCAGCGAUUCAGACCGUGUGAUCUUUGAGCUGCGUGUGCGUGUUGGACGCGUCAAGCGCAUCGACAAAGACAAUCAUCCCAUGCAGUACACGUGGCACAAACAUGGCUACGACACUGCCUGGGUGCCCCCCAAAAUUGGUCUUCUAGCUGUGAAGAGCGGCCUGGAGGAAGAUUGUGUGUAUGAUCCCAAAAGGGUGACGGUGGUUGGCAUUGCAAAGGCACCAACCUCUGCCAUACAGACAGAGCUUGAAAAGGCCAUUGCUAAAAAGUCAAAGAGAGGUCGAGGAGGACAUGGAGGCAGUGGUCCACCCGUGUGUUCAUUGUGUAAGAGAAAGACCCAGCUGGGUGCUGCACACAUCCAGCAGAAGUGCUGGAAGUGUGGCCAAAAUAUAUGCAUUCUCACAUCCAAGCAUUUCUGUAGAACCACACCAUGCAGGAUGUCAGUGCAGUUCUUCGGCUGGGACGUGACCUUCGAUGAUGACACUCUUUCCAUGGAGCUCAACGCUGAACAGGAGCCCAAAGAUCGGGGUGUCUAUACCAUGUACCAUGGAACCAGUGUCGCCAGUGCGCGCCUUAUCAUCGCCAAAGGCUUUGAGCAGUCCCAGAAGGGGAUGCUGGGAAAGGGGGUUUACGUCAGUCGCGAUAGGAAAAAGGCGCAGCGCUACCCACUGAAUGCGCGAAAUUCAGACAGAGUGGUCCUGGAACUCCGAGUGCGCGUUGGCCGCGUCAAGCGCAUCGACAAGGACGACCAUCCUCUGCAGUACACCUGGAAUGCAAAGGGCUACGACACGGCCUGGGUCCCUCCCAACUGCGGCAUGAAAGCUGUGCCGAGUGGCUUAGAGGAGGACUGCGUGUUCGACCCCAAGAGAGUGCAGGUGGUGGGCGUCGUGCAGGCCGACAGCUCCGUGCUGUCCGAGCUGAGAAGUCUUCUGGCCAUGGCACUGGGGAAUGCCGGGCAAAAUGGCGAUGUGUGCUCACAGUGCAAGCGUAUGCAGCAGCAAGGGCUGCCGCACAAACUGCAGCUGUGCUGGGGAUGCGGCGAAACCAUCUGUCCGUUCAUGACAAGGCAUGUAUGUAGAAGGGGGGACGAGUGAAUGAGUGAACGGGCCACAACGGUUGGGAGAAGGAACCGUGUCCAUGAGAUCUUACGAAGUUGAAGAGAAGCUAAAUUUGACAAGGUAAAGGGGCGAAAAUUCACUGCCAACUCAGGGAGGGACAAUGAACAGAAAGGAAAAGAAACUCUGAAGCCAUUUUCAGGAAGUAUACAAAUGACAUACAUGAAUGUUGGGGAGAAUGAUCAGUUUUUCUGCUCAUGUGAUUUUUCACUUUGGAAACAGGCCUUGUUUCCUCUGCCUCGUAAAAGUGAACAAUCACAAGAGGUGCUACAUAAUUUAUCAUUGUGCUCAAAUACUUUUAACCAUGUUGAAAGAUUUCUGUGUGAUUUGAGGGUGGAAAGUUAUGGUGUUUUCUUGUACUUUAAGCCAUGUAAUCAUGUUAUUUUCCAAGAUGUCGAUGAUCUAUUAGGUUGUUUAUCACUGGAAAACAAGUGUUUUGACAUCGAAUUUCUUUCCUCAAAUGUCUGAUGACUCACUGAGCUACUCAGGGCAUUGUUGAGCUCCCUCUCCCUGCCCCUAAGCUGCAUGUGCCUUACAUUUGUGGUAUGUUGCACUUGCCUCGGAGCACUAUCUCCAAGUACUUUCUUUCUCUUUACUUUUGAAACCCUUCGAAGACAAUGCCUGCCGUUGUCAACGUGUCUGCAUGAACUUUGAUACCAUAAACCGUUUAUAUUGUAUCUCAUAUCAGUUUACUGGAAAUGUUCAGUGACUCAUACAAACAACUCAGCUAUAGUUUUACUUGCUGUAUGAAGGUAAUGGUGUUGUGAAUGAAAUCAGAUGUAAUGUAUCUUGUAUAUCCAGAAAUGGCCGAUUCGAGAAUGACUUCACUAGUCUAACGCGCUUGUCUCUCAAUGCUGUGAUAAAUGGAAAUGUUACAACUCAACAAGAGAAGUUUGAACAGGCGCUGGGUACAGAAAGACACAGUCACCAAGACUGGCUGCUGGAAAUGUCAAUCAAAUGUGAAACCCGCCUGUUUAGAAGUGCAUUACUCGAAUAUCACCGAGCUUGGAGACAGUGAGACAAUCCUCACAUUCUGAAAAGUCUUUAUUGAGUAUGAAUGUGUUACACGAUUACUGUCAGUUGAACAAUGUGAUGACAUUCAUGAUCUGAUUAAAAUCUUGAAAAUAAUAAAGCCAUGCUUAUGAGACCUGAGCCACAACGUCGUGUCCGAUAAUAUUUCAUAAUCAUGAUCGAAGAAACUGACGUGGUUUUCCUGCAGAUGUAUAUUUAAUAAGGCAACGGCAAAUGAACAGUGAGG